AUGCAAGGAAGACCCACUGUUACUACACCGUGGUAACUGCAAAACCAAAUCCAAAGUGGCGAGGGAUUUCCAUACAUUAGCGGUCGCCUCCAAACUCGCUCGUUUGAAGCAGUAUACCCUGGCGACACAGUGCUCGAAGUUUGGUAACAAAUCCCCACACAACAUCAGCGGUCCUCACAAUACCGAACACGAAAAACGAUGGCCAAGCUCUUCGAGAGGAAUCCGCGCAACGUGCGCAUCGCGUCGUGGGUGGCGGCUGUCGGGCUGUUCGCAGCUUGGUACAAGUACGAUGAAAUGAAGGAGCGGCAGUUCUCGGAAAGGGACGCCACCGAGUGGAACGAGGCCAUUCUGCGCAUGCACCCGCAAAAACCCAGCAAGAAGAAGAAACAGGAAGAGUAACUAAAGCAUCACUCAAAAUGUAAAUAGUUAACACCCAAUUUUCAGUUCUAUGAGCUUCUCU